UAGUUGGUAGCUCUUGUCCCCGAGGAAGGCUGUUUGCGCAGGACUGGGCGUUAUAGCUAAGGACGCCAAUUACACACUACCAUACGCCUAUUAUUCGCCAUUUCCUCUCUAGUUCCUUGGAGUUUUCCUCUCGUUUCACCUAAUAACCGGCUUUUUCACGAACGCAUCACGAAAACCAGUGCUCAUAUCGCCAACCGAUCGUUACUGAACGCCUCAACUCCAGCUCAUGGCCCAGCCUUACUAUGACGGACAUCCAUUAGAAGAGUAUUUGACAGAUUCGGGUGAAGCUCCCGAGCAAAUGCCUGGGAGCUGUCCACUUUUCUUAAUGCUCCAACACUCAUUCACGGAGUCGCCAACUGUUUUCAAGUACAGUGCCCAAGUGGAAAAAAUAUGUUUCAUUAUUUUUGGCGCGCUUCAGUUCCUCAGUUCGCUCUUCACUUCCGACCGGGUCUCAAAGCGCGCGCAAGCUUUCGCUGAGCGCUUCAAGUAUGGUGUCAUCACCUCCUCUCUCCUAUCUCCCGGUUUCGCGACCACCCCCGUCCCUCACCCACACCGUCGUUCGUUUUCACCCUCUAUUCCUGGAAAACUCGCGAGCAAUCAUAGCAGAAGUACCAGCGGGGCUGAAAGCAUUGCGACUGAUCAAAUUUCCCUAACGAUACCCGCCGAACCCGAACCACAUGUAUGGCCCGUUACCCUUUCCAUCACUCUUGCUGUUGCAGCGCUCAGCGCUCGAUUUUACGCCUUGUUUUUCAUGUUGCUCGUUAGCACACUGUAUUAUAUGCACGUUCAUCGAUUGGAUAUACAUUCUAAACCUGAUAUCAUCACACCUUCUCUGGAAGCAUUGCAAAAUUUAAUCACAGCGGGCAAGGUGUGGGACGCCGUUGUCCAAGAUACCCUUGAUACCCUAGAAAAUGAAGAGCGAAGUAUCUUCUACGGACCAUUAUCCCCCAUAAUGACUUCUUCGUCACUUAGGGUGGCUCUGUCAACUUCCCUUCUCACAACCCAAACUCAAUGUGACAACGUUCGCCAACUUCUUUCCGCUAUCGCAUCUCCGCCCGACCUUGCGCAGCUUUCGGAGAUGUAUGCUCCACCAUCACCUAUGAAACUCACGUUCUCUUUGAAUGGUGAUCAGCACCGGCCACUUUCUCUUCCAGGAUCUCGGCAACAUGACAACUUUACUUCCGUCCGCGAUCAGAAGAGGUCAACGUGGAAUGGGUCCUACUCUGCUCUUGCACAGGCAGGAAGUCCCAUGUCUCAUAUUGCGAAGAGGAGAGAAAAGCGCAGAUCAGAUCUUAGCGCACUCCUUGGUGCUGCGUCACCAUCACGAAGAAGCAGUGUCAGCGCGCCCACGAGCCCAUCAGCUAUUAAACCACUACUUGAUGUGGUCGAGGAGGACGACGCCCACCUGGGGGAUUCAUCGCUACCAGAGAGUGACGACGCUUUCUUUGGAGCUGCUGCUCUUGACCUACGCCGAAAGCGUCACAGUCAGGGUAUGACCAAAUUUGGGAUGUCACCCCGAAAUUCUGCUGUAUCAUUAUUGAGGAGUCACUCUGACUCGAGGCACCUUCCAACAAUGUCUCCCGCCUCAAAAUACACAAGCAUGCAAACGACCCGACAUCCACUGUCUUUUUCGUCUUUGAAGCAGUCACUUCAGAGUGCGCUCGCUUCGAAACGAUACGCAUGUUCUCAUUUAUUAGCUCUUCGUUUCGAUGGGGAUGAAGAUGACGCUUACUGGGAGGACGUGCGUUCGCUCAUGAGCCUCCUUACGACAACAUUAGUGGAUGCCUCCUCAAGACUUAGUGAGGUUCUGGAUGAGGUGGAGGAGCAGGAACAGCAUUUGAAGGAUGCAGCUGCAUCAGAUUCUUCAUCUGAUGUGCAAAUUUCUUCACUACCAUCGCCUCCACUCUCCACCCGCCCUCUUUCGCACUCGAUCUCUCAAAUCACGUCCUUCGCGCCACUGCCCAGUGACCUUGCACGGUUUGCAGCCCACGUCGAUGCUAUUUCAUCUGCUCUUAACGAUGCGCGAGAUCACCUUGAGCAAUGUGUGACCUCGCUGAAAGAAGAGUCACCGCUCGGGCAUUCUUUACAGUUGUCAACGUCCUCCAUGGAGGAACCUUCUAGCCACCCUGCUCUUCUGGCCUAUGAACGUCUGCGGCGCGAGAUUGGUCUUGCCUUGCGGGAGUGUGAGCGUGGCCGGGAGAGGCUCACGAACAUCAUACACCCGCCCAGCCCCUCCCCAGAGGAGCCAGAAGACUUGCCCACCCUAGCUCCUGACAUGGGCAGCGACGACUCUGACAAGGCUGAGGAAGCAUCACCAAACAUUGAGGCGCAAAACGAGGACAUCGGGCUGACGGUGAUAUCACCGACCGGAGAGACGUUCGAUGCAGAUGAUGCGUCUUCCCCUCUGCUGCUCGCAGCGUCGUCGCAUCAUUUGCCUCCGCCCGGCAUCGAGCAGGUGUUUGAAGCCGAGACGGGGAUUUCACCGGCGUACACGCGUGAGCGGUCGAAGAUGACGAGGGAGGAGCGGAUAAAGCUUGCGAAGGCACGACGGGAGAGUGGGGGUGGAGUUGGGGUCGGGACUGAUGAGCAUGCGCCUAAGAUUGAGCGGUGGGGGCCGGGUGGGGAGGUUGUCCAGGAGUUGAAGGAUGUGAUAUGGAAGGUGGGGGAGCGGCGCAGACGGAUGACAGAGGAGCAGUUAAGGACUGCGGCAUCGUCAAUACCGGCGUCUAGUCAAGGAAGCGUGACGCCAAUGGAGAUUGUGCAGCAGGGUGGGGUAGGGUCAUAGCUAGGUUGUCUAGAGAGUACAUACUUUAUGCUCGUUUAUUGAGUGAUGUAGUGCUUUCGGAAUUAGAGGGGUAAACUCUCGACU